UUCCUUCUUUCUUUUCUAUUACUAUAGGAUGGAGGACGAGGCAGUGCUGGAUAGAGGGGCUUCCUUCCUCAAACAUGUAUGUGACGAAGAAGAGGUGGAAGGUCAUCACACUAUUUACAUUGGGGUCCAUGUGCCGAAGAGCUAUAGGAGAAGGCGGCGUCACAGAAGAAGACCUGGGCACAAAGAAAAGAAAGAAAAGGAGAAAAUCUCUGAGAACUACUCCGACAAAUCAGACGUAGAAAAUGCUGAUGAGACGAGCAGCAGCAUCCUUAAACCUCUCAUCUCCCCCGCUGCCGAACGCAUCCGCUUCAUUCUCGGGGAGGAGGAUGACAGCCCGGCACCCCCGCAGCUUUUCACGGAGCUGGAUGAGCUCCUGGCCGUCGACGGGCAAGAGAUGGAGUGGAAGGAGACCGCGAGGUGGAUAAAGUUUGAAGAGAAGGUGGAACAAGGUGGGGAGAGAUGGAGUAAACCUCAUGUGGCCACGUUGUCCCUGCACAGCUUGUUUGAGCUAAGGACGUGCAUAGAGAAAGGCUCCAUAAUGCUGGAUAUGGAGGCCUCUUCUCUACCUCAGGUGGUGGAAAUGAUUGUGGACAACCAGAUCGAGACGGGCCUUCUGAAGCAGGACAUGAAGGACAAGGUCACCUACACGCUGCUCAGGAAGCACCGGCACCAGACCAAGAAGUCCAACCUGCGCUCCCUGGCCGACAUCGGGAAGACCGUCUCCAGUGCAAGUAGGAUGUUUACCAACCCCGAUAACGGCAGCCCAGCCAUGGCUCACCGGAACCUGACCUCCUCCAGCCUCUAAGACAUCUCCGACAAGCCCGAGAAGGACCAGCUGAAGAAUAAAUUUAUGAAGAAAUUGCCUCGUGAUGCAGAGGCCUCCAACGUGCUGGUCGGGGAGGUUGACUUCUUGGAAAGCCCUUUCAUUGCCUUCGUGCGGCUGCAGCAGGCAGUGAUGCUGGGGGCUCUGACCGAAGUCCCCGUACCUACCCGAUUUCUGUUCAUUCUACUGGGACCUAAGGGCAAAGCCAAGUCCUAUCAUGAGAUCGGCCGAGCCAUCGCCACUCUGAUGUCUGAUGAGGUCUUCCAUGACAUUGCCUACAAAGCCAAAGACCGGCAGGACCUGAUUGCUGGGAUCGAUGAGUUUCUGGAUGAAGUCAUUGUGCUCCCUCCUGGGGAAUGGGAUCCGGCCAUUCGGAUAGAGCCACCCAAGUCUCUGCCUUCCUCAGAUAAAAGGAAAAACAUGUAUUCCGGGGGAGAAAACGUCCAGAUGAACGGAGACACCCCUCAUGAUGGAGGACACGGAGGUGGGGGCCACGGCGACUGCGAAGAACUGCAGCGAACGGGCAGAUUCUGUGGUGGCUUAAUCAAAGACAUAAAGAGGAAAGCACCCUUCUUUGCCAGUGACUUCUACGAUGCUUUAAACAUUCAAGCCCUUUCAGCCAUUCUUUUCAUCUACCUGGCCACAGUGACCAAUGCUAUCACGUUUGGAGGACUGCUUGGGGAUGCUACAGAGAACAUGCAGGGGGUCCUGGAGAGCUUUCUGGGCACAGCGGUGACCGGAGCGAUUUUUUGCCUUUUUGCUGGCCAGCCACUCACCAUUUUGAGCAGCACAGGACCCGUCCUUGUCUUUGAGAGGCUUCUCUUUAAUUUUAGCAAAGACAACGAUUUUGACUACCUGGAGUUUCGCCUCUGGAUUGGUCUCUGGUCAGCCUUCCAGUGUCUCGUUCUGGUUGCUACUGAUGCCAGCUUUCUGGUGAAAUACUUCACCCGCUUCACCGAGGAAGGCUUCUCCUCCCUCAUCAGCUUCAUCUUCAUUUACGAUGCUUUCAAGAAGAUGAUCAAGCUGGCAGAUUAUUACCCAAUCAACUCCCACUUCAAAGUGGACUAUAUCACACAUUACUCUUGUGCCUGCGAACCUUUAGAUCCAGUUAAUAGUUCGUUAUUUAAUGGGACAAGCGUGCUGUCAGUUGAGGGGCUGCCCUACUCCUCCACUGGGAUGUACAACAGCACCCCGGACUGGGCGUCCCUGACCAAGAAGGAGUGCCUGAAGUACGGAGGACAGCUUGUGGGCAACAACUGCAAAUACGUCCCCGACAUCACCCUCAUGUCUUUCAUCCUCUUCUUUGGCACCUACACCUGCUCCAUGGCCCUGAAGAAGUUCAAGACCAGUCGCUAUUUUCCCACCACUGCCAGGAAGCUCAUCAGUGACUUUGCCAUUAUCCUGUCCAUUUUGAUUUUCUGUGGAAUAGAUGCCCUGGUGGGUGUGGACACCCCAAAACUAAUUGUGCCAAGUGAAUUCAAGCCAACCAGUCCCGAGAGGGGCUGGUUUAUCCCACCUUUCGGAGGGAACCCGUGGUGGGUGUACCUCGCUGCAGCCAUCCCUGCACUGCUGGUGACCAUCCUCAUCUUCAUGGACCAGCAAAUCACAGCUGUCAUCGUCAACAGGAAAGAACACAAGCUCAAGAAAGGUGCUGGGUAUCAUCUGGAUCUGUUCUGGGUGGCCAUCCUCAUGAUUGUCUGCUCCUUCAUGGGUCUUCCCUGGUAUGUUGCUGCUACUGUCAUCUCCAUUGCCCAUAUCGACAGCUUGAAGAUGGAGACGGAAACUUCAGCUCCUGGAGAACAGCCCAAGUUUUUGGGAGUGAGGGAGCAGAGAGUCACUGGAUUCAUUGUUUUCAUUCUGACCGGGGUGUCCGUGUUCAUGGCUCCUAUCUUAAAGUUUAUUCCUAUGCCUGUGCUGUACGGCGUCUUCCUCUACAUGGGCGUUGCGUCGCUCAACGGCGUGCAGUUCAUGGAUCGUCUGAAGCUGCUCUUGAUGCCUCUAAAACAUCAGCCUGACUUUAUCUAUCUGCGUCACGUCCCACUGCGCAGGGUCCAUCUGUUCACGUUCCUGCAGGUGGUGUGUUUGGCCCUCCUCUGGAUUCUCAAGUCAACUGUGGCUGCUAUAAUAUUCCCUGUCAUGAUCCUGGCACUUGUAGCAGUCAGAAAAGCCAUGGACUACCUCUUCUCCCAGCACGACCUCAGCUUCCUUGAUGACGUCAUUCCAGAAAAGGACAAGAAAAAGAAAGAGGAUGAGAAGAAAAAGAAGAAGAAGAAAGGCAGUCUGGACAGCGACAACGAUGAUUCUGACUGCCCCUACUCAGAAAAAGUCCCAAGUAUUAAAAUACCAAUGGACAUCAUGGAGCAGGAACCUUUCCUAAGUGAUAGCAAACCUGCCGACAGAGAAAAAUCACCAACAUUCCUUGAACGCCAUACGUCAUGCUGAAAAAAUUCCUUUUCUUCAGUCACACACCAUGCCAAGCCCUCCACGAACUCCAGUAAAAGUUGUGCCUCAAAUUAGAAUAGAACUUGAGCCUGAAGACGGCCGUUAUUUCUGGAGGAGCAAGGGAACAGAAACUACUUUGUAAUUUGUCUGUCUGUUAAAUCUUACGUGGAUUUUUUUUUUUUUUUUUUUUUGUCGCUAGCCAAAUAUUACGAAACGCUCUCGGCUUCCCACCUGCGUAGGCAAAUGAGACGUUCUGCACUUCUCCCUCCACCCGUGGCC